AUGGAUUCAGAUGCCAGCUCCACGUGCAGCCGAUCCUCAUCUCCAGACCUGGUGGUGGAUGACUCUGCCGGCAGCUUCUUCUCCAACACUAUUUUUCAGAAAUACUGCCAGGAGAACAGAAGUGGCAGUGAGGCUGACCAAGGCAGGACAGAACGUGGAGGUGGGAAGACCAAGAGCAGGUCUGAACUCAGCAAGGAGGAGAUGCAAGACUUAAGGCUCAAAGUCAACAGCCGGGAGAGGAAGAGGAUGCACGACCUGAACCAGGCCAUGGACGGACUGAGGGAGGUGAUGCCCUAUGCUCACGGACCUUCUGUUCGCAAACUGUCCAAAAUAUCCACCUUGCUUCUCGCUCGCAAUUACAUCCUCAUGCUGUCCAGCUCUCUAGAGGAAAUGAAAAAACUGGUCGGGGACGUCUACGGAGGCGGUGCUGCCGCCCAGAGCCGCUCCACUGCUCACUCAACUAUCAACCAUGCAGCCACAUCUGUUCACCUCCCUCUGCAUCCUUUGGCCCAGUCCCUUCACUCUCUGGUGGGCAGCACAGCUACAGCUCUGCAGCAUCACUCCUCUCCUCCCUCUUCAGCUCCAGCUCCUCAUUCCCCUCCAUCAGCUAGCUUCCUGGGCUUCCAUGCUCCAGUGCAGGGCCUUCUCAAGGACCCGCUUCACCUUGGUGGCUCCUACAGACAUUUUCCUGGCAUGCCAUGCCCGUGCACACUCUGCCAGCCUCUGCCGACCGCCACCUCCACAUUGCACAGCUUGUCUAUGAACAAAUGAAGGAGGACUCGACACAAAAUGACUGAAGCCAAACUUGUUCAUAUUGUACAUACAAACUGCUGCUAUUUUGUCAAAAAAAUAUUUUGUAAUA